UAAACAAGCAUUAGCUGUUCUAUGGUUCGAUAUUUUGACACAUCUCAUCGUAAUAAUAACUAUUACCAUUUUCAUGUAAAUUCCCAGUGAAACCCAACAAUUCACAGCAGAGGACAGGUGACUAAUGUGGACACGUUUUCGCCCCGUCAGUUUCUCCACCAGUUAAAGAAUAUCAGUUAGAGUUGAACUGCGCUCAAGGACCCGUCGCAAGUGGUUCCUUUGUGUUGCACAAUUCCGCAGUUCUGAACAAAAAUAGUAUCGCGACCUCAUUCCUUGACUGGUUGCAGUAGUGAAUACAUUCUGAGUUUCAAACGCCAAGAUGAGCGAAGAGAGAAGCCAGCCGCAUGACAUUGGGGGCCCUGCCAGGAACCGCAACAUCAGUGAGGGCUCAGCUGCCAGUGACGAUGGGAUGACUUCAGGCUUUGCUGGCAAAAGAAAACCAUUCUUGGUCGUCGCGAGCACUGGAAGGGAAAGAACUACAUCGCAAACCUUACCGGUAGCAAGCGGUCUAACCGCAGCCUCUCCGCCGAAGUUUGUCUCUUGGGAAGAGAUAAUGCAAGCUGCGAACGGAAUGCGCGACAUGAACCUGGUGCAUCAGAUCGCUGUGGACGAGAAUUUCCGACUGGAAAAGGCGGAACCGGAACCAAACACCUUACAAAAAGUCAUCAAAGAUACAAUGCACAGGGCCUUUUGGGAUAUUCUGCGGCAACAACUGGCUGAGGAUCCACCCAGCUAUAACCAGGCCUUCGUUUUACUGGAAGAAAUCAAGCAAAAUUUGAAUGAUCUCCUGCUGUCGCAGCACACUAAGACAAAGCAGCAGAUUUCAGAGAUUUUGGAUAUUCCGUUAAUCAAGCAGCAAGCGGAGAAAGGCAUUUUGGACUUCACCUACUACGCAAACUUUAUUAUUUCGAUUAUGGCCAAAAUGUGUGCUCCAAUACGGGACAAACAAAUCGCACGAAUCCGAGAAAUCACUGACAUUGUCGAGGUCUAUAAAGGCAUUCUAGAGACGCUAGAAUUAAUGCACCUUGAUACGGCAAAUUUUACCCUGCGACUCAUUCGGCCUGACAUAAUCAACCACAGCGUCGAGCUGGAGCGGGCGAAAUUUGCAAAGUUUCUUGAAGUGCAGGCAGAUGGCUUAGAACAGACGCGAAAGUGGCUCCUUCGGCACAUUCAGGCCGACCAGCCAGUUCCAACAGACGUGGAAUAUGAGACGUUCAUCAGGAGCUGUUCCAAGCGAGCUUUCACUUUAGCUUGCAUCGACUUGCUCGAGUGGGACAGGUCGAAUCCCUAUCCUGAAACGUUGAUUUUAGAUGAAGAACGGUUGCGUGAUGUACAAACUCGCACCUUUCGCUUAGUGGCUAUAGCUACUGUUCUGUUGGUAACGCUCGCCAAUGCGGGCGAUGACUUGCAAUUCGUCAGCUCUUUCAAACAGGUCCUCAAGGACCGUAUAAGCAUCUUGUUGGCGAACGUGAAAAGUGAUGAUGACUUGAAAGAGGCUUUACCAAAUAUUAUUGAACAGGUGAUAAAGGAUGUCCGCGAGGCGCAGCAGAAGUAUGACUUGCCCCAGUUAGGAGCUGCUAAGGAAUCCGCGCUCAAAGAUUUGCUGAUGGACAUUGGCCGCGAAGGCCACAAAGUGAGAGGGAUAGUGAGGCAACGGAUCAAAGACUUUUUCCUGAACAUUAUCGAAUCGGCGACCGCUGCCCCCCAGAAAGUGCCCACAGGGCUAACAGCGUUCCAGUCGGACUUGACUGGCAUUGCCGGUGAAUUCCUGCGAAUAGUUUCGCACAACAGCUCCGUUUUCUGCAUUUGGUACUUCAAUAUUGUGUCUGCAGUCCUUCCAAAACCGUAGACCUAUGCAUUCACAGUAUCAGCCUAAUCAAAAUAUAUUACUAAUCAAGCUUUGACUUACCACUUUAACAUCACUUACUCCUCGUGCCUACUUUAUUGAUAUUGUGGUAUUUAAUAAAUUAUAUGCACCA